AUGGCUGCCAAGGCUGCUAGGAAGGCUAAGGCGGACGCUAUCAAAGUCACUAAGCUUGCUAUCGCUAACGUUGCAAACUUUGAGCACGAAGCUGACCCUACCAUUAAGGUGAUGCUUCAGGGCUUGGACAAGAACCUCGAAAGGCAGAUAGCGAAACUGGCGAAUGGAGAACGAGGUCUUGACGUUUUCAUUGGCAGUAAGGAGUACGACGAAUUCGUGGCUGCUGUCCGGUACUGUAACGGGCUCCAAACCACCUCAAAACAAUUCUUUAUUCGCCCGGUCUUGAUUUUGAUGCGCCGCUUCGGCAUCAAAGAAGUGGAAGAAGGUAUCGAAAAGAUCAAAAAGAGUCCGGAGCCCAGGAAGCGGGAUUUAGGUAGAACCCUCGAGUCACAACUCAUCACGGAGAAGGAGAUAAUCAAAGCGAAGAAGAUCAAAGAGACCAUCUAA